AUGAAAUUCGAAGACAAAUAUGUCAAAGAAUAUACUGCUGGUGGUAAUAUUGCACGAACAAAACACUUUAUCGCUUGGUAUGUUGACGAUCAAACUAAUACAAUAGCGAUUUUUAAUUUUAUGGCUAAAAUUAAAAAGUAUGCUGGCAGUGAUCAUCAUUUUUUGGCAGAAUACUAUGAUGGGAACGAUGAAAAAAUUCAAAAUGCUUCAUCUUAUCAUAUUGAAGAUCUUUUGCAAGAAAAACUUCCCAGUAUUUGUUAA